AUGGCGGGAUUUUAUGAGGACAUGGUGGCAAUUUAUCAGCUAUGUGGAGGAUCGUCUAAUCUCCAGGCCAGUUCUUUGACUACAGUUAUCAAUGAAUUAAGUCGAGAAACAGAGGGAGUACUAGUGGAGCAUUUGUAUAAGAGCUUGAAGGGAAGAAAGUAUCUCAUUGUAUUGGAUGAUGUGUGGAAGACACAAGCUUGGGAUGAUGUAAAGUUGCUAUUUCCAGAUGACCAUAAUGGAAGUCGGAUCAUCUUGACAACUAGGCUAGUUGACGUGGCUGUUUAUGCCAACCCUUCUGCCCUUUUUCAUCAGAUGCAGUUCCUUAAUAAGGAUGCGAGCUGGAACCUUCUUCGACAGGAGGUGUUUGCCGAAGAAUGCUGCUCUUCUGAAUUGGAGGAAGUUGGAGUGUUCAUCGCAAGAAGCUGUCGAGGACUUCCCCUUUCAAUUCUAGUGUUUGCUGGGCUUCUUUCCAUGGCACAUAGGACAUGA